AAAAUUUAGGAGCACAACACACCGGAGGAGUAAACGGGCAUUCCAUUUUGGUUCUUUCCGAAAUCGAAGCAUUAACGAAAUCUCUGCCACGGGACAGCGACACACCGUACGACCUGUGCAUUGCUUUCUCACCGUCACCAACACACCGCCACCCGCUAUCAAACCUCAACCUAAACCCAAACCAAACCAACCCUAAUUCUUCCUCAUUCUUCAAUUCUUCCCACAAAAAUAGCCUUCUUCAUCGUAUCCAGAACAAAUUCCGCCCAAAGUAUUUUUUUCAACGGCCAUCAUGUAUAUAAGAAUGGUAUAGUGUAAAUUAUUGGAAGAUACCUAUAUAAAAGCAUGGGUAGUAGUGACAUGGACAAAACCCCGAAGGAGAAGGAGUCUAAGACCCCUCCAGCUACGUCACAGGAGCAGUCUCCAACAACUGGCAUUAAUCCUGACUGGUCUAACUUUCAGACAUAUUCUCCCAUACCUCCACACAGUUUCUUAGCAUCAAGUCCCCAAGCCCACCCAUUUAUGUGGGGUGUCCAGCAUGUUAUGCCUCCCUAUGGCACCCCACCACAUCCCUAUGUAGCAAUGUAUCCCCAUGGUGGCAUUUAUGCCCAUCCAUCCAUUCCUCCGGGCUCUUAUCCUUUCAGUCCUUUUGCCAUGGCUUCUCCAAAUGGUAUUGCAGAUUCUUCGGGAAAUAACCCAGGCAGCAUUGAAGUUGGUGCUAAACCUCCUGAGGUGAAGGAAAAAUUACCCGUCAAAAGAUCAAAAGGAAGUGCUAGUGGGGGUAGUUUGAAUAUGUGGAUUACUGGAAAAAAUAGUGAACUUGGUAAAACAAACGGAGAAUCUGCUAAUGGGAUUCAUUCCAAGAGUGGUGAUAGUGCAAGUGACGGAACUAGUGAAGGAAGUGGUGAGAAUUCCCAGAAUGAUUCUCAAUUGAAAUCCGGGGAGAGGCAGGACUCUUUUGAAGAUGAACCAUCUCAAAAUGGAAGUUCGGCUCCACAAAAUGGGGUACAUAGUAGACCUCAGACACUUGUUAACCAAACUAUGCCUGCCAUACCUAUAUCUACUGCAAGUGCUCCCGGAGCAAUUCCUGGUCCCACAACUAAUUUAAAUAUAGGAAUGGAUUACUGGGGCACGCCAACUUCAUCCGCCAUUCCUGCACUGCAUGGAAAGGUUUCUUCUACUGCAGUUGCUGGGGGGAUGAUUACUGCUGGGUCAAGAGAUGGUGUUCAGCCACAAAUUUGGCUACAGGACGAAAGAGAGCUUAAAAGACAAAGGCGGAAGCAGUCUAAUAGAGAAUCCGCACGCAGAUCCAGGUUACGGAAGCAGGCUGAAUGCGAUGAACUAGCUCAGCGUGCUGACGUUUUGAAAGAAGAAAAUGCCACUCUCCAAGCAGAAGUAAGCAGGAUCAGGAGUGAGUACGAGCAACUACUUUCUGAGAACGCUUCUCUCAAGGAGAGACUUGGGGAGAUACCUGGUGUUGCUACGCCUGGGAACGAGGAUGUUAGGUCUGGCCAGAAUGAUCAGCAUGUUACUAAUGACACUCAACAAAGUCGUCAGAAGGAGGCUAUGCAGGGUGUUCAUUAGGACCUUGCUCCCUGCUGCAUGUUCCUUUUUUAGGAAGAUAACCUAACCAAGUAGCAAGAGCAAGUUCUUGUUUUUGGAUAGCUUUCGGUUCAAAUUGUAUUGAAGGUGAUCAUAUGUAGUAUUAGGAUCUAUUUAUGUCAUAUGAUCAUUCAUUCCUAAUUUGUCAUGUUUUUUGAUGACCAAAAACGUGUAUUGUAGGUAGGGUGUGAAUACAUGAUGGUCAUACCUUCUCUACUACUUCAAAAGUUAGUGUUAGCAGUAAGAAGCAUGAUUAGUGAAACUAA